AGCUCCGCGCAGGAGAUUGGAGAAGAGGUGGAUGACGGUGUUGUCUACAGCAUCUCCCUCCGCAAAGUGCAGCUCCACCACACCGCCAACAAGGGGCAGCGAUGGCUGGGGGUAAGCAGGGUACCGUCUCCCAUGGGCACUGCGGAAGGCGGGCUUGCCGGACCCCGGGAUACCACGUUUGAGAAUGAGUCGGGGCUGAGCCUGUACGAGACAUGCAAAGUACGGACCAUCAAAGCCGGGAGUCUGGAGAAGCUGGUGGAAUACCUGGUCUCUGCGUUCAAGGGCAAUGACUCCACUUACGUCACCAUUUUCCUGUGCACGUACCGGGCCUUCGCUACCACCAAGCAAGUGCUGGACUUGUUACUAAACAAGUUUGGGCGCCUCCACCCUCAGCUCAAUGGCGAACAUUCCCAUAACACUGUGGAUGACCGGCUUGAACUAAAAAACACAAUCUCCUCCAUCUUGGGAGCAUGGCUGGACCAGUAUUCAGAGGAUUUUCGGCAAGCACCCGAUUACGUCUGUUUAAAGCAGCUUAUCGCUUAUGUGCGGCACAAUAUCCCUGGCUCGGACCUGGAGCGCAGAGCGCGCAAUCUUUUAACCCAGUUCCAGCGGCAAGAGAUCAGCGAAGUGGAUCAGGAUGUUUUGGAUCACUCAAGUUGCACUUUCCGUCUUCUGGACGAGUGCUCGCUCUUAGAGCCGAAGCCGGACUUCCUGUCUUUCCGGCAGGAUAUGGUGGCUGAACAGUUCACCGUCAUGGAUGCUGAUCUCUUCAAGAAGGUGGUACCUUACCACUGCUUGGGUUGCAUUUGGUCCCAAAGAGAUAAGAAAGGCAAAGAACACCUGGCACCAACCAUCCGCGCCACCGUCUCCCAGUUCAAUAGCGUCACCAACUGCGUCAUAUCCACGUGCCUGAGCGACCGGUCGCUGAAGCCCCAGCAGAGAGUCAAGAUUAUAGAGCGAUGGAUAGACGUAGCCAGGGAGUGUCGUAUUCUGAAAAAUUUCUCCUCACUGCGUGCCAUCUUGUCAGCUCUUCAAUGUAAUGCCAUUCACAGGCUGAAGAAGACCUGGGAUGAAGUUUCUAGGGAGAGCUUUCGGAUAUUUAUGGAGCUUUCCGAAAUCUUUUCGGAUGAGAACAACCACUCAUUAAGCCGUGAGCUGUUGAUUAAGGAGGGCACCUCGAAAUUUGCAACUUUGGAUCUUAACCCUAAAAGAGCACAGAAGAGGCAACAGCAGCAGCGAGAAAUGGGAGUUAUGCAGGGCACCAUCCCUUAUCUAGGCACUUUCCUUACUGACCUGGUCAUGCUGGAUACUGCAAUGAAGGAUUACUUAGAGGGUGGCCUUAUAAACUUCGAGAAGAGACGCAAGGAGUUUGAAGUUAUUGCUCAGAUAAAAUUAUUGCAGUCGGCCUGUAACAACUACAGCUUCAUACCUGAAGACUCCUUUGUUGAAUGGUUCCAUAGUGUGGAGCGACUGACGGAGGCUGAAAGCUAUAGCUUAUCCUGUGAAAUCGAACCCUUGUCUGAAUCGGCAAGUAACACAUUGAAGGCCAAGAAAAACACUGGGAUCAUAAAAAGAUGGAGCGACCGGCAGCCACCAAGCUCAGAGCCAUGCGCCAGCGUCAGCUCCCAUUCCAAGUCUUUCGAUCAGCUCAAGUGCAGCCCCCACCUCUGCGGAGGCGACAUGACCGACUCAGUCAGUGUAACGUCAGCCGGAUCCAGCAGUUCCGACGUGGAAGAAAUUAACAUCAGCUUUGUGCCGGAGUCCCCAGACUGUCAGGAGAAGAAGGUACGAGAGGAACCACCGCAGGCUCCGCCAGCACAGGCCACAGAACGCUGCGCUUCCGAGGGGUUCUGGGAAUCGACAUCACUGUCAUCUCUGGACACGUCUGGCAUUGGUUCAGGUUCCAGCAGUGCUUCCUCCUCCUCUGUGUCCUCCACUCCUGUCUCUGCCUCACGGACUCACAAACGGUCGGUCUCUGGCAUUUCCAGCUACUCCUCGCUGUCUCUCCCGCUCUACAACCAGCAAAUAGACGACUGCUGCAUCAUCCGGGUCAGCCUAGAUGUGGAUAAUGGCAACAUGUACAAGAGCAUUCUGGUGACAAGCCAGGAUAAAACGCCGGUGGUGAUCCGAAAAGCGAUGGCCAAACAUAACCUGGAUGGGGAGCGGGCAGAAGACUAUGAGCUGGUUCAGAUCAUAUCAGAGGAAAGAGAAUUAAAGAUACCAGAUAAUGCCAACGUCUUCUACGCCAUGAACUCAGGAGCCAAUUAUGACUUUAUUCUGAAAAAACGCGGUUUCUCCAAAGGAGUGAAAAUCAAACAUGGCUCUAGCUCCACGCUGCCCCGUAUGAAGCAGAAAGGACUUAAGAUUGCCAAAGGCAUUUUCUGA